GCGCUCCUCCGCUGGCGGAACUGGCCCAACCUCGGCUGGGUGGCCAUCCUGCGGUCGGCGCUCCAAGAGGGGGCGCCGCGCUGGGCGGGCUUCCAGCCGCUGCGGGAGGCGCGACAGCAGGUGCGAUCGGCGGGCUCCCUGGUGGGGCUUCUGUUCCUGGGGCUGUUCCUGCGGCUGCUGCGGCGGCCCUCGACGCCGCAGCUUUGGCUCCCGCUGGCGGCGGCGGAGCCGUUGCCGCAGGGGCAGGGCCUGCCCCUGGAGCACG